UCUGAGGUACACUGACAGUCGAUUCUGAAGGAAGAGGCAACAAGCAGGAUAGCCCUCUGCAGAAGUCUGCCAGAAGUAGCUGUACCUGAGGCACCAGGUGACAGCGAGUGUCUUGCAGUAAAUGAGUAGGCACUUAAGGAAAAAGAGAAUAAAUACCAAAGUGAUUCUCCUUGUAGGUGGGAGGGGAACAGCUGGAACAUGUCCCUCUGUACAGAAGGACAUAAAAAGUGAAACAUCCAAUUUGAUCAGGGUCCGUAGCACCAAAAAUAUGGCCAACAAUGGAGGGGUCAAAGGGGAGAACUGAGCCAGGCAUGCUGGUACAUGCUAUAAUCCCAGCACUCUUGGGAGGCUGAGACAGAACUGAAAAUUUGAACCCUGCCCAGAUAACAUUGUGAGUUCAUGUGAAUGGGGAUGAGAAAAAAUGGAUCAGAAUCCUAAGGAGGAAAAAGGGGCAGUCCUAAAAUUGGCUGCAAAAAGGAUGAGAGGCCAGGCAUGGUGGCACAAGCCUGGAAUUCCAGAACUCAGGAGGCUGAGGCACAAGGAUCACUGCAGAUUCUAGGCCAGCCUCGAGUACAUAGUGAGAGCCUGUCUCAAAAGAAAAACAAACAAACAAAGAUGAGGAAAUCAGCAACAUCAUUUCGCAAAGCCAAUUCAGAGUUUAAGAAUGUAAGGACCAAAACCAAAAUGCUCCUGAAGGUACCUGUUUUUGAAGGAGGCGGUGGGGACAGCAUAGAGCAUGAAUAUGAAAAGGGCAGAAGUCAUUCAGGAGUAGUGCCCAGCAAAAACCUCAGCAGCACAUAUAAAACUGCUUGUUAUCUUUCAAAGAAAAAAAAAAAAAAGUCACCCAUUUUGUCUCUGAGUUUCAGUAGCAAUUACAGUAGCUAAUAUUUUCUGAGGGGUAUGUGUGCCACAGAGGGUGUUAGGCGCAUUCCAUGUGCUAUCUCAUAACAACUCUAUGAGAUGGCAUUUCUGUUCCCACCCUAUAGGUAAGGAAGCAGGCUGACUGAGACAAAAGGACGGGCCCCAGGUCACGCAAGUGAGUGGAGUCGGAACUGAAACCCAGAAGUCUGCCCCUAUAACCUCUGCUCUCAAUCACCAUCCUAGGUACUCCAAAACCUGCAGGAAACUUAAAGUGGGGUAAAUCCCAUCAUAAGGAAUCUGGCAAAUGAUUCCUGUGAAACUGGUGAUUGAUGCCUCUUUGGGGGCUUAAGAGAAGCUCCUCUUUGAAGGCACAGGAACAUCCCAAGCCUAGAACAAUCUUGUAUCCAUUUUAUGACUGACAGUGACAAACAAGAGCCAGCUAGAUAGCUCAGCAGACUAAGUGCCUACUUAGACAAGCACGGGGACCAGGGUUUGACUCCUGAUAGUGCAUGCUUCGUUGGUCCCCCACCGCCACCCUGGGCAUAGUGGUGCAGGCCUGUAAUCAGAGCCUGGCGAGGCUUAAAACAGGAGGAUCACUGUAAGUCCGAGCUGUGUAGUGAGACCCUGCACCAAAUGUAUAAAAAAAAUUUUUUUUUAUUUUAAAGAAAGUAACGAACAACCAAUAGCUGAUUCCUGGGAUGACUGAAAGAGAAACCCCCUCUCCAUCUUUGAGAGGCAGCCCUGUUUCUCAGAUUCAAGAGGGAAACACUGCACUCCAGGUGCACGCUUGCUCUCCUGGAGCCUCUGGCUCCUACACCCUGCUGCAGCUCCUUGGUUUGGCUGGGGCACAGAAUCAGCCAUCCCCAGGAAAUGCCUCCCUCCGGUCCAGGCAGGGAUCCCAACACACACCCUCUGUGGUGGUGGUGGGGGAAAGGAGGAUGGCAGAAUGCUUCCUCUCUCCAGGUCAGGGACCACCUGGGACUGCAUCCCUUCCCCUCCCCCUUGCUGGGCAAGUGCCCAGUCCAGUGCCCCCUCCACAGUUACCACCCUCCACCCUCCUUCAAGCUGUGCCGGGCAUGAAUCAGCUCUCACAGCUUGUUAAACCUGGACCUCUUGUUUUCAUGCCCUCACCUCAGGAAACAGAGUUAGAGCAGUUCCAGCUCAACUCAGCAGGGGGCCAGGGUCCUCACUUUAUAAACAUCCUCAGCCUAUGAAAGAGGGCAUGGAGAUGGUAUGAGAGGAGAGCCUGGGGAGAGAAUCUAAGACUCAAGGAGCAAAGCAAAGCAAAGCAACGUCAAACUAACAAGACCGGAGUAGCCUCAAGAGAAGCCAAGAAGGGUCUGAGAAGGCCAUACCACAGGAAUGGUCCUAAGGAUGCUCUGGGCUGGACAGACCAAGGGGACCCUAGGAGGCUGGGGGAUCUGCUUGGUGGUGUCUCUACUUCUGCAGUACCCAGGAGUCCACAGCAAGUGUUAUUUCCAAGCUCAAGCUCCCUGUUAUUAUGAAGGGAAAUAUUUCACCCUGGGUGAGUCUUGGCUCCGCAAGGACUGUUUCCAUUGCACCUGUCUGCAUCCUGUCGGUGUGGGCUGCUGUGACACGUCUCAGCAUCCCAUUGACUUCCCUGCUGAGUGUGAGGUUCGUCAGGAGGCAGGAACCUGCCAAUUUUCCUUGGUGCAAAAAUCUGAUCCUCGGCUGCCCUGCAAAGGCAGAGGGCCUGACCUAGAGUGGGGCUCAGCAAACACCCCUGUUCCUGGGGCUCCUGCUCCCCAUUCCAGCUAGACUCACCUGAUCACCCAUCUG